AUUGCUAUAUUACUAUCAGGCGCAAUAUGUGCACAAUUUUAACAUAAAAAUAAAAAUUUAAAAUUCCCUUGAAAUGAAUAAUAAAUCCGGACACAUUAUUUACCGUCAUAUAUAAGUGAACUCGUAUAUGCUUACCAUGGUGUUGCUAUCAGUCUCCGAGAACUUAAUAAUUUACACCCUUUCCUAAGUCCAAUCUCAGAUUGGCCGAUAAAUUGCACUUAUAAUAACUGAAAAAUAAAAACAAAAAGAACUGAAAACAAAAUCCCGCCGGGUUUGAAAUGGUUUAUACCAACUUUGGAGACAUAUUAUUAUUACCCUUAGUAGACAUAAUGCUAUACCGUUACUGUUACUUAUGAAUGUUGCCAGCCAAAUCUGCAUAAAUCGCGUCUAAAACUGCGCCCAGAAAUCGUAUAAUUUUGCAUUUAUAUUCUCACCAUGCUCCUCAAAGCUCUCUGUUAGAGUUGAACUUUUUGCAAAAUUGUUCGCCGUCAAUGAUCCAUUUGCAUAUUUUUUAGAUAACAUAUUGCACUAUAGUGGCUCAGAAGUUAUGGCUCAAAAAGUAUAACACUAUGGAGAGCCAUAUACAUGACAAUUUAUCUUUAUGUUUCCAUUCUAGAUCAAGGUUUAUCAUUCAUCUUGUGUAAAAUUACCAUUCAUCUUUUCCGAUAACGAUACGAUAGCGAACUCCAUUUUAUCGCAAUGUUUCCUAACAGCUAUUUUAACUUGAUUUAUAGACUGUUAAUAUUGUGCUGUUUUUCACCGCUGCACGUUUGUGGGUUCCAAAUGCCCUUCGAGAAGACAGACCAACCUCCUGACUUGAACUGGAACUUCGAUUUUCCGGACGUUACUCGGAACCCAGAUAUCAGGGAAACUAUUAGAGCUCUGACCGACUACCUGUUCUCCAACUACUCCUCCUACAUCAGACCCCGGCUGGAACAGGAGGACAGUGUGCUGGUCAACUUCUACAUCGGACUCCGACAGGUCAUAGAUGUGGACGUCAAGGCACAACAGAUGACACUGUUCCUCUGGCACAGACAGACCUGGUUCGACGAGUUCCUGCAGUGGGACCCGAGUGACUACGAGAACAUGACGGAGCUGUUCGUCAGUCCAGACAUGAUCUGGCUGCCUGACGUCAUCUACCAAAAUUCAGUGAAUGGACUGGCUGACCUCGAAAUGAACUCCCCCAUUAAGAUUAUGGUGAUGCAUUCGGGACUGGUUAACUUCUACAGGCCCACAAUUCAGAGUACGACGUGUGAGAUGGAAGUGAGGUACUUCCCCUAUGACAUCCAACACUGCUCCUUCAAUAUCGGGUCUUGGAUGCUGCACGAAAACCAGGUGGACAUCCAGGUGUUCGACUACGACAGGGGCACUCUGGCAGCCACUGGGUUCAUAGAACACCACGAGUGGGCACUCAUAGAACACACUGUGCUAAGGGAAGAGGUCACCAUCGACAUCUCACUCGCUGAGUCCGAACAAAGCGAACUAGGAAUGCCAAAUUCAACUCAACACUCCCUAGUUCACUCUAAUUUUAGGAUAUAG